AUGUGGAUUGGAAAACGCAUGGCUCAGAUGUGUGCGGUGCUCAUCGCCACCGCAGCCUACCCCGCAGCGGCAGAUGAUGUGGUGCUGAAACCCCUGAAUACCACUCAGUCUGAGGUCGCCAUGGUGUUCAUUCAGGGAGCCGGUAUAGAUCCGGAGCAGUACGUCCCUCUGGCACAGGCAAUCCAGACCUCCUCUCAAUACUCACUGUGGGUCGGGAUCCCCAAGUUCAGCCUUGAUACACCGGACCCUCUGGAGAUUGCAGAGUGCAUAAGUCGGAUCAUGGAUUCAAUGCAUGCGGCAGGGAUGAACACUAAGAAAUUUUUCUUUGCCGGUCACUCCCUGGGAGGCACAGUUCUGCAGGACUACCUCUUUGACAGCGGAGAGACUGGAUUUGCACAGGUACUCAUGGGAUCAUUUCUCGAGAGGAAAUACAGGAACAUAUCCUAUCCUGUGGCAACCCUCACCAUUGGCGGAGAGCUGGACGGAUUGUGUCGCGUGACGCGCAUCAUGGAAUCAUUCUACCACAGUGUACUGAAGGCUAGCAACAGGACUGAGGCUGUGGCUAACUUCCCAGUGUUGACAGUGGCUGGUAUGUCUCACAUGCAGUUUGCGUCGGGGGAUCCACCACCACUGGUGAAGGAUAGGGACUUGAGACCGGAGAUAACUGAAGAACAGGCUCACACUGCAGUAGCUAGCCUCGUCAAUACCUUCGUCUCACUUCAUCUCGGAGAUUCACAGUCCUUCUCAAAGCUAUCGAAAGCCGUUGAGGCAACAGAGGCGUUCAUGCAGCCUAUCUUGACUGCAUUUGAACUAGAAGGCUAUCACAAUUUCAAGCCGCCCUGCAACAGUAAUCCGCCGAGCUCUGCCUGUCAGGUCGGUUCCCAGUGGUCAAGCAGGGCCCAGGAGAUCAUGGGAGGACUCAAGGUGGCCAGGCUGAACGACACAGACCAGUUCCACCCGGUGGACCAGAUCAACCCUGUACACCUCCCACACAUCCACAACAACUGCUCGUCCCCCACUCCGCAGUGCUUGCUCCAGACUGGGACCGUCACACAGAACAUCUACGACGACCUGGACAAGUUUGACACUGCAUUUGUGCCAAUCUCGGCCUCUGAGAUGAGGGUCAAAAUGAGCUCCCGUCAGGCUGUCAUGGAAGCUGCCGGCGACAAGAACGUGAACUUUAACACCAGCGAUGGAUUCUCAAUCUGCAGGGUUAUCAAUGAGAACUCUUAUAGUUGGGCACUGAGCAGCGCAUCGAACACCACCGUUGCUCGAUUUCAAAAACAUGGAGAGCCUUACGUUAUGGGAGAAGAUGAGGGCCCAUACAAUGCUGGACCACUUUGGAUAUGGGACCAUCUCAAAUACAAGAAGACUGUUAACAGCAGUGGUGAUGAUGUCAUUGAUAUUCGCUCACCAAUGAUGAGAACACCGCUAGAUUUCUACAUCAAGGUUUCUGCAGGGUUCCACUACUGCAAACUCCUCUCACCAGCUCGAGCAAUGGAAUGGAUUUACGUUGAUGGACUGCGUGACCAUUACAACAUACGAUAG